UGUUGACUCAGAAAGAGAAAGAAGCCUUAGUACAAUUUCUAUCCAUUUUCACUUAGACAAUUAAAACUUGCGACUUUACCAAGGCAAAAAAAAAAUCAUGGCUUCCCAAGUAGAACCAAAGCUUCCCAUUAUUGAGUUCACAGAUGAAAACUUGAGCAGUGGCACAAGCUGUUGGAUAUCAACUUCCCAAGAAAUCCGCCGUGCAUUGGAAGAGUACGGCUGCUUUGCGGCAGUGUACAAGAAAGUGUCACCGGAGCUCCGGGAAGCCAUGUUCAAUCACUGUAAGGAGUUGUUCCAACUUCCUUUAGAAGUUAAACUCCAAAGUACUUCUGAUGUUUUGGGGUUUGGAUAUGGUGGGAAUUUCCCUAACAUGCCUCUUGCUGAAUACUUUGGCAUCGAAAAUGGUGGAACUCUUAAUUCAACCAAUAAUUUUGCCAAACAGAUGUGGCCCAAUGCCAACGUUGAUAAAUUUUGUGAAGAAACGCUUUCAUAUUCUAAAUUGAUUGCUGAACUGGACGAUGCGGUGAUUCGAAUGAUGUUGGAAAGCUACAGCUUAGAGAAAUAUUACGAGCCUCUAAAAAAUUCGUGUAUGUAUUUAAUGAGAUUCAUUAAAUAUCGAAGCCCGAAAAUGAAUGAAAUAAAUAUAGGUCAUCUACCUCAUAGAGAUAAGUCAUUUAUGGGGAUCAUUGACACUAAUCAAGUAGGAGGUUUGGAGAUGCAAACAAGAGAUGGAAAUUGGAUUACUUUCAAUCCCUCCUCUUAUAAGACUGUCGUAUUCAUAGCUGGUGAGCCUUUCACGGCAUGGAGUAAUGGAAGGGUGUAUGCUCCGAUACAUCGAGUGAUUAUGAAAGGAAGUGAAGAUAAAUAUUCGCUUGCAUUAUUCUCAUUUAUGCGAGGGACAGUGAAAAUACCAGAGGAGCUAAUUGAUGAAGAGAACCCACAACAUUUCAAGUCAUUUGAUCACUUUGAAUAUCUGAAAUACUGUGCAACAGAUGGCUGGAAAGAGAAAAAUCCCAUCAAAUCCUAUUGUGGUGUUUGAACUUUAAUUUAAACAUGCAUGCUUGAAUAAAAAGGACAGUUCGGUGCACAAAGCACCUGUAUUUACCCCGGUUCUGGAGAAGACUACGACCUAAGGGGUUGUGAUAUAGACAACAUACUCUAAUACAACCAUUGGUGCUUAAAUAUUUAUGAUAUUUCAUUUUAACUUUUUCUUGUAAUUUCACGUUGUUUGCUGUCUUUUAUUUUCAGCUGUGUUAAACUAUGUAAUAAUGUUAAUGGGCUGGGUAGUAAAACUAUAAUUACUACUCUAUCAUGUACCAGUAUCAAAUACGGGAGUAAAAUAAUAUUUUUGUGAUUUGUUCGUUA